AUGUCAGAAUCACAGUCUUCUGAUGUCUUUAGGCGGCUUCAAAUUUCUCCAUCGAAGAAUAACGCAAUAAAGAAACCUGCUUUGAGGUUAUCACCUAGAAAAGUUUCAAGGACCAGAGAUCUGCAAUAUACGCCAAGCAAAUAUGAAUCUCAUUUGAAUCCAGAUAUGUUUACUAAAAGUCUAGAUAGAUCCUCAAAACUAUUAAUUGGGAAGAUACCUUCACACGACAACGGACCUCCCCAGAAUGAUCAUUCAAGAAGUAAUCCCCCCUCUAUUCUGAAACAAGGACCACCAACUAGCUCUUCUCGACUUGGAGGUAAUAACUUACUAAAUAAAUUAAGGGAAGAAGAGUCAAUCUCCAGUAGAGUUGAUAAGAUUAUGAACGAAAACAAAAAAAGGUAUAAAUCUAAAAUGGAAGAAAAAAAUGUAAAAUUCUAUCUACCUACAGAUGAUAAUAUUAGAGAAGAAGUAGAUAGCCUAAAAUCGAUGUUAGAACAUAUAAUUAGCCGGCAAGAUACUCUGGAGAAAUCAAUUGAAGAAAUUAAAUCUUUACUAAAAAAAUAA